UUCUAACUCCUCAGUGCUAAACACACCACAAAGCAGUCAGUCUCCACACGCAAAGAACUGGAGUGGAAGGCAAGAGAUAAGUGGAUAUUGCCUUACUACAGUUGCUGUACUUUGAAUGCCAAAAGGCACUUCUGCCACACUCCAGUGAAACAGAGAGGAUAAACGUGUUUCACUAUCAAAGAAUUCAGCAGCUCCAGAAAUCGAGGUGGGAAGAAGGUUGAUAGAACAAAAACCUGAAGAUGUCUGUGCUAGACACCAGGACUUCAGAGAAUAAGAAAGUUACCAACAAGAUGAUUUUUGACUUCCAACAAAACGCACCAUCAGACAACGACUCUGGCUGUGCCCUGGAAGAGUAUGCAUGGGUUCCCCCCGGACUCAAACUCGAGCAGGUGCACCAGUAUUUUCGCUGUCUACCUGAAGAGAACAUCCCAUAUGUCAACAGCAUUGGAGAGAAGUUCCGUAUCAAACAGCUCCUGCAACAGCUUCCUCCCCAUGAUAAUGAUGAGAAGUACUGCCAAUCGCUAAGUGAAGAAGAGAAGAGGGAGUUGCGUGUCUUCAGUGGUCAGAGGAAGAGGGAAGCACUGGGACGUGGAACUGUUCAGGUGUUUCCUUUAACUGCCACUGGAGCACUCUGUGAAAAGUGUGGUGGGAAGAUAAAUGGAGGGGACGUUGCUGUCUUUGCUCAGAGAGCUGGGAACCGCACGUGUUGGCACCCCUACUGCUUUGGAUGCACCACCUGUCAGGAGCUGCUGGUAGACCUCAUUUACUUUUACCAGGAUGGGAAGCUAUACUGCGGCAGACACCAUGCUGAUCUCUUUAAACCACGCUGUGCAUCAUGUGACCAGUUGAUCUUUGCUGAAGAGUGCACAGAGGCAGAAGGCAGAUAUUGGCAUAUGGACCACUUCAGCUGUACAGAAUGCGAAGUAAUUCUCGGAGGACAGAAAUACAUUAUGAAGGAAGGGCAACCAUAUUGCUGCGGCUGUUUUGAAACACUUUAUGCUGAAUACUGUGAAACCUGCAGAGAGAUAAUUAGUGACCCUGGAAUGGGACUUGUAUCCAGAAAUCUGGAGGCAAGAGUUCUAGCCACUGAGCCACAACACACAUUCCAGGGGACUUCCAAUGAAGACAAUUACAAGCUGCAAAAACCACUCAGGCCUGACCAAGAAUACAACCAUGAAGCAGAAAAGGGAUUUGAAAUGCAGAGCAACUUUGGAAUCCUUAAAUCUUUCCCUCAUAAAAGAAGCACAGAGUCCCUCCAUUCCUUGAACUCCAAGCAACCAGAGGGCAUGGCACAAAAGUCAAAGUGGAAGCAACAGUCCGUGUCUCCAGUGAAGAGAACUGCAGCCCAAAUUAGACCCCAGCAAAUCACAUUUUGUGACACCGCAUUUCCAAAGCCCAAGGGAAGAUCCAGUUGUCACCAGACACCCAUGAGCGAGCAAACGCGAAGGAAGGUUUACAGGCAUAAAGGCAACUACCGUAGCCAUCGCCAUCACUCCAGAAGAGUUCAGAGAUCAUGCUCAGAUGAGGCUCUUCACACGAUCACCGAGAGAUCUCUGGAGAGUGCGAAUAACAAUACUUUCUUGGAGCAUUACAACCAGCUUGUACAUACAGCCAUAUGCCAGAGGCCCCAAGCUAAGCACUCCCAUAACCAACAAGCCUUUUAUAGGGAAGGCAAUAGUGGCCUUCAGAACAUCACUUUGAAUAACUUCCUUGGCCUGUGCUGUGAAGAUGACGAUGCCUGCUGCUCAACGUGCUCCUCCUCGUCCUCUGAUUCCGAAGAGGAGGGUUAUUUUCUAGGACAACCAAUCCCACAACCCAAAACGAGCAGUGCUUGCCGUUUGCGGCAGGAGCCUUGUCAAUCGAAAGCUGCGCCUGACAUCAUGACGGCACAGAGCGCCAAAUCUCACAGGAAGAGAGAGCACAAGAACAAAAACUGCACCGUUUCCUAGGCAGCCUCUUCAACAUCAUCCCAAAUGAGUAUUUACACCUGGCACUGAAUUAGAUAUUCCAGAAUCAAAGAUGGAUUUUAACAGAUUGUUUUUCCUGGUGACUUACAAAAGCCUUGCUUUGAUGACAGUUUCUCCCCCAUGUACGCUGGGUGCAGUUCCAUUGCUGGACUAGUUUCUCAUUGCCAAUAGUUGUGCUCUGGUACCAUGCUUAGCCGGUCAGUGUGUAAGUCUGGGCAAUAACUUGAGCACACUGCUCUGUCACCAGGAGAUCAUGAGAGUAACACAUAUACAGUGCAGCACUAAACACAAAGCACAGAAAUGGAAUUUUGGCUGAUUCACUGCACCCUGGUCCUAGUCAGCCAGCAAUAGUGAUAUUAUUGUACUACCAUCCCAACUGGGAACAGCUAAAUCAGUGCAGCAGGAAUUGAAUAUGGGACUUCCUGCUCUGUACGCUAAUUUUACCAACCGCACCAUUGGUUCUUCAAUCCCAUUAAUCAACUCUCUGAUUUAAUUACCAAGUCAUUUUCAAUCGCUUGUACAGGUCAGUAUCCUCCAUCUACAUCCACCCCAUUAAAACUCAGUUAAGGUCACAAUCCCUAUGUAAUCAGCCUUACUGUUAUUCUUCGAGCAAAGACACCAGGGUCAUUUGUGAUGCCCGCAACAGUCCAGUAGCUUGCCAGCAUUGCCUGCCAAGGUGAUGUACCAGAGUGUUAAUGUAUUACUUGAAGCAAAACCCUGCAGAUGCUGGAAAUCUGAAAUGCCAAGAAACAGAUGGGGAAAGAUGAUAAAGUUAAAACUUCACAUCAAUGAAAGGCCACCGAACUCUCUUCAUCAAUGCCAAGUGUAUUCAGGAGUUUCUGUUCAUCGAUUCUGAUUUUAUCCAAAUGAUACCUUUCUCCAGGUUAACUAGUCAUUCCAGAAGCUGCAACAUUUAAAACACUCAAAGCUGGUUUAAAUUUGUGAGCCCAACUCCCCAGUGGGCAUGGAGGCCUGCUCCUGCCAAAUCAUUGGAGGGAUGGAGUGUAGUGUGUGCAGCCUCUGAGCCAUUUGCCCAUUUCAUCCCUAAUCAAUUUGACUAACAAACCAUCACUACUGGAUCUGCAACGACCCUAAAGAUGACAUUGCUGAAAAUUGUGUAAAUAAAAAUAUCAUACUUUACAGAUUUACUUAUAAAAAUCAUUUUAUAUACA